UCAGUUUUGUUAUCAGUGACAGGGAAGGGAAGAUAAAAAAUCAAAAAUUCAAACUUGCGAAUGUGAAAUGGUCGCCGGAACAUUAUUAAUUAUGUUCAAAAGCUCUCUUUAUGACAUGUAAUGUGUUGUGUGUUGAAAAAAGAUAAUCGAUUUGUGUAGAAAAUUCACUUACUGUUUAUAAAAAUGUUUCCUCUUCGUUGUACUGUUAAAAAUAUCUUGUCCAUUUCAAGUAAACAGUGCGCACAAUUGCCUUUACAAUCGUCUUUAAAACAAUUAAUUCCGAUUAGUUCUAUUCACACUACACCUUGUUCUUUCGAAUGGAACGCCUUUCAUCUUUGUUUACCGAAACCUUUACACAAUCGACUAUGGAGAAAAGUUCAAUACCCUGAAAAGUAUACCGUCGAGCCACUUACAGUUAAAAAUUUGGCUGGAAGAGAUCCAGACACAGGACGUGUUGUCACGGCAAGGCUCGGUGGUGGCAUAAAACACAAGUACCACUGGAUUGACUGGCACAGAAGAGGACCGGAUGUCGAAGGAGAGUACUUCUGCGAAAAAGUUCUCGAAAUAAUGGACGAUGGUUGUAGAACCGCUAAAGUUGCUUUAGUCGGAAGUGGUGAUAAAUUGCGUUAUAUUUUAGCCACCGUAAAUAUGCAGCCUGGAGACAUUAUUAGGACAUCUCAAUAUAUUCCUCGUGCUCCGGUUUUACCAAAUGAAGGCGAUGCGUUUCCUUUAGGCGCUCUGCCAGUCGGCACCAUUGUAAAUUGUAUUGAAAAAAUUCCUGGUAGUGGUGGAUUUUUCGUUCACGCCGCAGGUGGACAAGCUACAAUUCUACGUAAAGUAAAUGACAGAGUAGUUGUAAAGAUGCCGUCGAAACUGGAAAUCUCUUUCGAUCAAAGAUGUAUGGCUACCGUUGGACAAAUAUCUAAUAUUGAACAUGCAAGUAUCCCUAUUGGAAGUCCUAAUAAACAUAGACAAAUGGGACGCAGACCAAAAUCAGGAUUAUGGCAAAGGAAAACUGGAAGAUUUGGUCGAAAAAUCAAACCUCCUCCUCCUACGCUUGUGAUGAAACCAUUGGAGAAACCUGAUUGUGUCUAUAGACGUUUAACGUUGGAUCAUAUUAAAAUUAAGUUGCCUCGGAAUCAAGGAUUGAUUGGACUUCCGACGGAAAAUUCAUGGAAAGAUGUGUCGGCCGAUGAAAGAGAUCAUUUUUAAAUCAGUCUUAUAAAAUUUUAUGCAUUAAUAAUAAUAUUUGUUUGAAUAUUAA